GUUUUAAAAAUGAUAUCGGUCAAGUGACCGCCGUCUUGGGCUUAUCUGCCUAGAUAAGCGACCUCAAAAACCCGCAUACACAUAAACAGUCUAUAUACAGUCUAGCGGUGUUAAAUUGCACAAUCUUGAAGACCAACCCAAAGUUUCCUUCAAUAAAUUGAUUGUUUCAUUAGAGGUAUAGCAUGCAUCGCCGUCAUAUUACAACAAAGGGUCGUUCACAUCAGUAUCUCCAGUUCAUGCACGAACAAGUCAUUAAUCAUGGAUAUAUAACGUUCCGCAAUGAUUAUAACCCUAUGGCCGUCUUCAUUUUUGAAAACCCAGCAGAUGUAAAUGGCAUCCCGACAAUGGCUUUUGCAUUAUCAUCACUUUACAUUCCCAUUCAACCAAAUGAGAGCUCUCAUCGCUGAACAACAUUUUCUUGUGAAAAUUGGAUCUAUCUGCUUUUGGGCGAAAUCAUUCACCACUCAACGUUGUUCUGGAGUCAGUAGUAUAAAUUAAGCAGCAGCUAAACUAAACUCCAUCGGAAUCGGGAAGGACUUCUCCGAGCCGUGCGAUACAAAAUGCGAUUUCAGUCAAGCGCCUCCCUUGUUUACGACUUCUUCAAUCUGUUGCUGGAGAAAAUAAUUUUAGCUGCAAAACUUAAUGGAGUAGGUAUAAUUUUCUUCAACAACCGCGUCGUUAGUUCUGCUUUCUCAGGAAUGGAUAAGGAGACAACGGUUGCUCUGGCUAAGUCAUGUCGUCCGUAUGGAUGAAAGCACUCCAGCGCUUCCGGGGAAGCAGAGGAAGAACUUCACUCCAUUGCAAAGACCAGGUUAAGAAGGACCUGGCUUUGUUUUAGUCUUAUUGAUAGCAAUAACGAUAUGUCUGCAAUAAUAGAAAAAAAUCUAAAAAUACAGAAAAAUAGUGCAGAAAUUAAGAUCCGAAAACAGGCUCUGAGAAAUAUCAACGAAAGAAUUUCUUAAGCAAAAAAAAAAAAAAUUCUCCAUCUCCACUAUUAUUUUCUUAACUAGCGUGAGCUAUCGAACGAGUAAAGUUCAGGUAGUCGUUAAGUUUUCUGAAAUUUCCUCACCAUCAUUGACUAUUAUACACGUUUUUUUGUUUGCAUCAGAGUUUUCUAUCGAGUUAAGCUGCUUUUUAUUUUUCUCAAUUCUGCUCUCUCAUCGUUCUUCUCUUGUCUGGUGGGGAAUUGCACCCAUGGACCAUCACGUCGAUAGUGAUCUAGCAUAUUAUUUGUUUAAUCAGGUUAUUAAAGCGCUUACUGCUGAGGAAGCAUAGAAAUGAGGAAUCUACGCUUUUUUAUGCUGAUACCUUUGUUCUUCAAAGAAAUAUGUCCUAACGAAACGACAGAGCAAUUCAUUAUCUAUAUGGAUGUACACAACGAUAUCGAUAAUUUAAUUAAUUGGGGCAACACUUGCGAAGCAAAGCUAACUACAUUAGAACAAACUGUAGUGGAAACCAUACAAUCGAGAGAGAAGUCGAAAGAAAAAUAUUUGGAAACAUUGAAGAAAUUAGACUAUUUGGAGCACACUGUGAGCCGCUAUGAAUUAAAGAUGAACACUCUGGAACAUAAAAUACAGAGCUUAAUUUCGGGAUCCAGGCAAAUUGAGGAAGAGCUAAGAAACACCAUUCAUAGGUUAAGUGCGACAGUAUCAGAUUUAACAUCUAAGUUUUCGCUUUUGCACAGGGAUCGUCCAUUGCCAGAAAGAGAGCGCCCUUUUAAAAAUCCCAGCACUACAGGCGGAGAGCGUCGUCCAACAUCAUUAGUACCGUCAGUAACACAUGUACUCUCACCAAAUGUACCAACAGUAGGGCGCCUGGCUUCACAAGUUUGUGAAGAAAUUGAAGGAGCAUUGCAAUUGAAAGGCAUUAAGCGGUACGUGUCAGGAAUUCAUCCUUCCCUGGCUAUCGUUGAAAGGAAGAUGCGUUGGUCUAGUUCUUUUAGAUGUAUGGGGGCUUUGAUUGGUCAACGCUUUGUUCUAACUUCGGCCCGUUGCUUAUACAUAGGUGGGGCCAAUUUUGUGCGCUUGGCAAAUCGCAGUGAUAAAACAAGCGCCAUCGGAAAGAAUAUUAAAAAAACGCAUAUACAUCCCAAAUACGCUAACACAAAGAAUAAUGUAGGCGUGAUCGAACUGGAAGGCGAUGUGGAGUACUCAUCACUCGUGUAUCCCAGCUGUUUAUACACUGCUGCAACAAUUUCAAUAACUAACGCCGAGAUUUUUUACACACAACAUCAAGAUUCGGUUUUGUUACAAACAUUGCAGGAAUUGCGCGGUCAACUUGUCCCAUACUCAAAUUGUGCGACAUUCGCCGAGUCUCACGCGCAAGAUCCAUAUGAGAAUUCGUUAAUAUGUGUACGUUAUUACAAUGCUUUGGAUUCGUCUUAUAGCUCCUCACGGGGGGCGUUAUUUUUCACCCAAAAGGAUUUGUCAGGUAAAGAGCGCGUCAUUGCGGUGGAUUCGGAGAACUCACUUCGGAACGACGUUUAUAUGGCGCAGAAGCUCACAAAGGUGUACGACUAUUUGGAUUUUAUUGAGAGUGUAAUUAGGAGUUGAUUUUAUGUCUUAUUCCAAUGAGUUUAACACUGAUUACUUGGAAAUAAAUCUAGAUACUAUAUAACUAUAUGCACCAAGCAA